AUGAUCUCGGGAACAUAGCCUAUCGAAUUCUCCAUCCGAACAUCCGAAAUCACCGAAAAAUCGUUAAGAUAUGACCAACGAUCUGUCAACUACCGUCCAAUUGAGCGUUCGGCUGAAUUUUCGAUGUCACCGUCAAUUCGAUGGCGGAUGAGCGUACAGCGUCAACGAUGAAUUGGUUGAACUCCGCGUUACGUAGCUCCCUCAAAAGUUCUACCAUUGUCAGUCAGGUUCAAGUUCGGCAGUGGGCUUUGAUGGAUCCUGAACGUGUUCGCGCUGUCCCACUUUUUCUUCCUCCGCCUUCUCACUGUCCUGUCCCGUAGACCAAAAGGCCUCCCUCAAAACCAACAGUUAAGUUUCGUGACCUGGACAGUACUCUUUUCGAUGUCGAUCUCGAUAGCAACGGUCAGAAAAGGAAACACGACAACUCCGAGUCGCAAGCAGAGGCUAACCCGGAGCCGCAGGACUCUAAUUCAGACUCGGAGGACAAUUGGUUGGAGGAGAGCGAGGACCCAGAGAUUGAGCGUGAUCCAAUGUACAGGUCUUGUGAUACGAGAGUACUUGUGGGUAGCGAGGAUGCUCAUCUUGAUGCUCCUCGAUUGUUGGACUUA